UUUGGAAAUGUGAUGUAGAUGUAUUUUUGACGUAUAUGCGAAAUUUCGUUUCUUGAUGCAGUGCUAAAAUAUUAAAGUAUAUAUUCUUUUAGGGGGUUUUUACAGUAAACAAAUAAAAAUAUGGCCCUUUCCACCUUUCUUCGUACGCCAGUAUUGGCCGGCCGUGUUUUUACUCAACAUGUCUUGAAGUAUGGGUCACUGAGUUGCAUGCAGCGACCCCUAGCCAGUAUGGUGCCCCGUAUGGUGCCUAAUGUGGUGCCCAUCAGCCAACAUGCAUUCAAGGAAGCCGCCCACACUCCCAUUAUUAACUCUGUACGAUCAUUCCGUACGUCGCCUGUAAGGCUUUCGGACGAGAAGCCCCAUGAUCACUCGAAACUGUGGGUGAUAGAGAAAUCAGUGGCUGCACUCAUGGUACCUCUACUUCCUUUGGGCUUGUUGAUCCCAAACAAACUCUUUGAUUCAGUCAUCGCUAUCCUCAUUUGUGCACAUUCAUUUUGGGGUCUGGAAGCGAUCGCUAUAGACUACGUUCGCGCCAGUGUUGUUGGUCCCAUCCUUCCCAAAAUUGCCCUCGGGCUCGUAUACCUCAUCUCCAUAGCAAUGCUUGGCGGCCUCUUCUAUAUCAUCGGCCACGAUGAUGGCCUCGCGAACACCAUCAAACAAAUCUGGGCCAUCAAAUCUGACCGUCAAAAAUCAUAAAUGCGGUAAAAUAACUAUUUAAAUAGUAUUAGGAUUAGCUGAAGCCUUUAGCUCUAACUUUAACCUAAGAUUUUGAUAUCCACAUAGGUUUCAAUAAAGUUAUGAUUUUGAUAAUGAUAACUUUAAUAAGUAACGUUGUUGAUAUAUUAGUAAUUAGGUUAUUGUUACCGUUUCAAUGUGACAGCUGACCGCUUAAUUGUAGUUCGAGAAUAGUCGCGAGGUCUGUGGCUCGAGGGGGAUGCUCGAUUACUAUAUCUGGCAAUGCUGUGGAUCACUGAGUUAUAGCAACUCUGCAGAAAUAUAAACUCUGCAAUUGAAUACAUAUGGUCAUCAUUUGAAUUUGAAAAUGUAACUUAGAAUUACACGAAUGAAGAAGUGAUUGGUCCAAAUUAAUUCUCAAUUUGCAGAGAAAAGGCUGCAGAGCGGUGCGAAAAUGCAUUUGUUGUGGGGAUGUUAUAAAAACGAGGACAUUUGAUUUCAUUUCGUUCUUAUUUUGAGUUAUGCUCAAGGUUAAUUGUUUUGUCUUUUACUGACGUAAAAUGAUUUACAAGUUGCAAGGUGCUUGUAAUCUGAUUAUGGGUACAAUUGUGAUGUCUUAUAUUAAACUUAAGUUUUUAAAGUUAAUGUUCCUGGUUUCUAUAAAACCGCCAUGGCCCGUAUUAGGUACUUAAAGCACAAGAUCAUGAAAUUUCGUCGUUUAUCGAGUUAUUAUUUAUUUUUAUUAUUACCAUUUAAUCAUUUGUUCUAAAUUGUAAAUGUGCGGUGUGAUUUAUUAUUAGAAUAAAUGAUAGUUGGAAA